AGGAGCAGCUGGCCAAGGAGGUGGAGGAUAUGAAGCUGCAGCGGGUGGAGCGUCUGAGCUCCCUCAAGUCCCGGUAUGAGGGCCGUCUCCACCUACAGGACCGAGAGAUAAGGGAACUCAAAGACCACCCCAUUUAACAACCUCAGAGGGACGAGCCCCACGACCAGGGUAACGAUAAGUGGUUCUUCCAGCUCUUCAGAGCAGCACCCCACCGCCAACAUCAAGCCCACCCCGGUGUCGGGUGGUGCCCCCAGUAAACCUUCCCCGAUGCCUGGGAGCAAGUCCACCCCCAGAGCCAGCAUCCGACCCAUUGUUCCCGUCACGGUGCCCACCCCCACGGCAACUGCCAUGCCCCAUACACAGUCUGACAGCCAGGAAGCCUCAGCCUGGACCCCCGUCAGGGUUGCCUGCCCCAGUCCGUUCCGCGCUGACCCCCUGCCUCCAGUCCUCUACAUUCAGCCUCCUGGUCCUGUGCUGGGCCUGGGACCCCAACCCACACAGAGGCUGUCUGCAAUUCAGGAGUGGCUUCGGGACAAGUCUCUGAAUGUCCUUGAGUGGCCCAGCCAGAUCUCUGGAGAGACCUGAAAAUAUCUGUGCAGCAACUCUCCCCAUCCAACCUGACAGAGCUUGAGAGGACCU